CGCGUACAAGUUCCCGACCGGUCGCUUCGCAAAACGGAUUCUAAUUAAAAUUUAGUGUUUUAAAGCAAGUGUUACGUGUUCUUGUGAGUGUUUAUUGUGUGCAAAAAUCGCGCCGAGAUGUCCGACAAUAAAGGAGAGAACGCCACAUCGGAAUCACCGAAGGGCAAACCGGGCAGACGAAACAGAGCUUUACAAAGAAUGAAAGAAGAGGGUGAAGCACUAAUUAAGUCUCUAGGUGGAACCCCUGAAAUUGAAGGCAGAAGGCGUACUAGGUCUUCACUAAAAACGCCAGCAACACCCCCAGUUACGCCCCCAACUCCCACGAAAAAGGCAAAAUCUACACCAGCACCCAAAGGCACAAAGGGACGCGGGAGGGGAAGAAAAAGUGAAAAGGUGGAGGAGGCCGAAGAAAAGCAAGAAUCAACAGAACAAGAAGACGAAGUAGACGAAUCCAAUGACACUUCACUAAAUUCCACCUCCGAAGACAAGGCCCAAGUAGAACAAAAUGAUAAAACAGAAGAACCUUCAGAAGAAACCGCAAAAACUGAUGAAACUGAUAAAUCCGAAUCAAGUAAUCAACCUGAAGAGGAACAAAAAGCAGUCGUUGAAAAUUCAGCAGAAGAAAAAUCAACAGACGAUGCUGCUGCUGAUAAAAAAGAACCAGAAGAGACAAAAAUGGAAGUUGUCGAACAAGACGGUACCGACAGUAUAGAAGACAAAACGGAGGAGGCUACUACUAAAAAUGAGGUUACAACAAAUGAUACAACUACAAAUGAUGUUGUAGUAGAGAAUAAUGUGCAAGAGCAUGUCGAACCAGUAGUAGUGGCACCGGCUGUUGAAAAAGCUUUAGAUAAUGACAAAGAAAUGUUAAACAAUGACUUGGAAGAAGUACCUAAAGUAAUAGAGAAUUGUACGGGGAAAGACAAUUGUGAAAAAUCACCAGAAAAGACUUCUGAAGUUUCAGAAGCGGUAUCAAGGACAGAGCCAGUGGCGGCACAAUAAGUAAAGACAAUUCUAAGACAAGAUCCCAGCAGUCCCCUUAAAUGAGCCGACCUGAUAUCAAGCAGCUCAUCUUUUACUUUUAUUAGUUUUUAAACAAUUGGACAAAAUGUUUUAUAUAUCAUGCAAUAUUUAAAUCAUUAUAUUUU